UGCCAUAACUCCCUCCUUCUCUCUCACAAGCUCUUGCAGAGUGAAAGCGACCACUUUCCGAUCUCAAUUAAAAGUAUGGCAUAAUUUGCAAUGGCGGAACUGAACGAAUAAUAAUAAGAGAUACCAUAGUUAAGAGAGAGAAACACAAACAUGGAAAAAGCUGGGCCUCACUCCCUGGGUACACAUAGAUAGAGACUAUGGUGCAGUGUUGCAGGUUGUAGCAGAAGCUCUGCCAAAUAGUGUUAACUUUAUUCGAGAAAAUUAUUAUUAUUAUUAUUAUUAUUAUUAUUCUCUCUCUCUAGUCUAUUAUCAGUGGUAAUUCAGUAAUGUUGUUGCAUUAUAGAGAGAGCGUGGUCUAUGUGCCAGGGUGAUGUGAUGUCAUUUCACUACCUUCAAAGCCAGAAAAAUGCAACAGAAAAAGCUUUCAUCCCAUCACAUCAUUUGAACCAUGAAUCAUGAACUAGUUUUCUAAACUAAAACUAUAACAACACCUUCGGUUGUUGUUGUUGUUGGCUAUGGCGUUUCGGUUUGGACUACUCCUUCUGGUUUCUCUUCUUUGUUUGGAUUCAAUUAGUUCCGUGAAUUCACACGUCGGAGAAACGUUGUUGGAGAUAAAGAAGUGGUUCAGGGAUGUGGAUAACGUCCUGUAUGACUGGACAGACUCAACUUCUUCUGAUUAUUGUGUUUGGAGAGGUGUUACGUGUGAUAAUGUCACUUUCAACGUGGUUGCACUCAAUCUUUCGGGGUUGAAUCUUGAGGGCGAAAUUUCACCUGCAAUAGGGAGACUUAACAGCUUGAUCUCUAUUGAUUUCAAGGAAAACCGUUUAUCUGGCCAGAUACCUGACGAACUUGGUGAUUGUUCCUCUUUGAAAAGCAUAGACUUGUCAUUUAAUGAGAUUCGGGGAGAUAUACCGUUUUCGGUUUCAAAGAUGAAACAGCUGGAAAAUCUAAUUUUGAAAAAUAAUCAGCUAAUUGGACCAAUCCCUUCAACACUCUCUCAGGUUCCUAACUUGAAGAUUCUAGACCUGGCACAGAAUAAUCUUAGCGGGGAGAUACCAAGACUUAUAUAUUGGAAUGAAGUUUUGCAAUAUCUUGGCUUGCGAGGUAACAAUUUGGUGGGUUCACUUUCUCCAGACAUGUGCCAGUUAACUGGAUUGUGGUAUUUUGACGUGAGAAACAAUAGCUUGACGGGCAGUAUUCCUGAAAACAUAGGCAAUUGUACUACUUUAGGGGUCUUGGAUUUAUCCUACAACAAGCUAACCGGAGAGAUACCAUUCAAUAUUGGGUAUCUGCAAGUAGCAACUCUGUCAUUGCAAGGCAAUAAACUCUCAGGGCAUAUUCCAUCAGUGAUUGGUCUGAUGCAAGCGCUUACUGUCUUAGAUUUGAGUUGUAACAUGUUAAGUGGACCAAUCCCUCCUAUCUUGGGAAAUUUGACCUACACAGAAAAAUUGUAUUUACAUGGAAACAAGCUGACUGGCCUCAUCCCCCCAGAACUUGGAAAUAUGACAAACCUUCACUAUUUGGAAUUGAAUGACAACCAUUUAAGUGGACAUAUCCCACCUGAGCUUGGAAAGCUUACUGAUUUGUUUGACUUAAAUGUCGCCAACAACAACCUUGAGGGUCCAGUUCCUGAUAAUCUUAGCUUGUGUAAAAACCUCAACAGCCUCAAUGUGCAUGGGAAUAAGCUGAGUGGAACAGUCCCCUCAGCUUUUCAUAGCUUGGAGAGUAUGACCUAUCUGAAUCUUUCUUCAAACAAGCUUCAAGGCUCCAUUCCAGUUGAACUUUCACGGAUUGGUAAUUUGGAUACACUGGAUAUAUCAAAUAAUAAUAUAAUUGGUUCUAUUCCUUCUUCCAUUGGUGACUUGGAACAUCUUCUGAAGUUGAAUCUGAGCAGAAAUCAUUUAACAGGGUUUAUUCCAGCAGAAUUUGGAAAUCUAAGAAGUGUCAUGGAUAUUGAUCUUUCAAAUAAUCAACUCUCUGGCUUGAUUCCUGAAGAACUUAGUCAGCUUCAGAACAUUAUAUCCUUGAGACUAGAAAAGAACAAAUUAUCUGGGGAUGUGUCUUCGCUUGCAAAUUGCUUUAGUCUUUCUCUACUUAAUGUCUCUUAUAACAACCUAGUUGGUGUUAUUCCCACAAGCAAGAAUUUUUCCAGGUUUUCCCCUGACAGUUUUAUUGGAAAUCCUGGUCUUUGUGGUGAUUGGCUGGAUUUGUCUUGUCAUGGGUCAAACUCUACAGAGCGAGUUACCUUGUCCAAGGCAGCUAUCCUGGGAAUUGCAAUAGGCGCCCUUGUGAUUCUUUUUAUGAUAUUGCUAGCUGCUUGCCGACCACACAAUCCAACUUCUUUCGCUGAUGGAUCUUUUGACAAACCAGUCAAUUACUCACCUCCGAAGCUAGUGAUUCUUCACAUUAAUAUGACACUUCAUGUGUAUGAUGAUAUCAUGAGGAUGACUGAAAACCUAAGUGAGAAGUAUAUAAUCGGGUAUGGUGCAUCGAGUACAGUUUAUAAAUGUGUCCUUAAAAAUUGCAAGCCGGUGGCUAUCAAGAAGCUCUAUUCCCACUACCCACAAUACUUGAAAGAGUUUGAGACUGAGCUUGAGACAGUUGGUAGCGUUAAGCACAGAAAUCUGGUCAGUCUCCAAGGCUACUCUUUGUCAACGUACGGAAAUCUUCUCUUUUAUGACUACAUGGAAAAUGGCAGUCUAUGGGAUCUUCUGCAUGGACCUACCAAGAAGAAAAAGCUUGAUUGGGAUCUUCGUCUAAAAAUAGCACUAGGAUCAGCCCAAGGGCUUGCUUAUCUACACCAUGAUUGCAGUCCACUCAUCAUUCACAGGGACGUGAAAUCAUCUAAUAUUUUACUAGACAAAGACUUUGAGCCCCAUCUCGCUGAUUUCGGCAUUGCAAAAAGUCUAUGCCCAUCUAAGACCCACACUUCAACUUACAUAAUGGGCACAAUUGGCUACAUAGACCCUGAGUAUGCUAGAACUUCCCGCCUCACUGAGAAGUCCGAUGUGUAUAGCUAUGGUAUCGUAUUGCUUGAGCUUCUAACUGGGAGGAAAGCUGUUGACAACGAAUCAAACCUCCAUCAUCUGAUUUUGUCCAAGACAGCUAAUGAUGGCGUAAUGGAAACCGUUGAUCCAGAUAUUACUACCACAUGCAGGGACAUGGGAGCAGUAAAAAAGGUUUUUCAGCUUGCUCUUUUAUGCACAAAGAAGCAACCAGUCGAUAGGCCUACAAUGCAUGAAGUGACUCGCGUGCUGGGAAGCCUUGUGCCAUCCAUAACCCUACCAAAACAAACUGACUCAACACAAGUGCUGCUACCUGAUUCUCAGUCAUCUGCUAAAAUGCAAUGCUACAAAGAUGAAUAUGCAAAUCUCAAAACUCCUCACUUGGUUAACUGUCCUUCCAUGAGCACCUCUGAUGCACAACUCUUCCUCAAAUUUGGGGAAGUAAUAUCACAAAAUAGUCACUGAGGAUUUUGAUAAUCAAAUUGAGAAUUAAUGAAUCAUUGUAUGUUUUAAGCCACAAAGGAAAAAAAAAAAUGUCAUGUUUUAAUGCAAUGCGAUCCGUGUAGAUAAUCUAGGAAAAAAAA